AUGUCAAAAUACUUUCUCAGUCACUUGAUUGAAGAAUACUUUGGUAUUAAAUACGCUUUUUCAACGUGUACCAUUGCUAUAAAGACUGUUUUUAGUGAAGAUUUGAGUAUUUUACAAAAUACAAACACGGAUACAAUCUUAGACUCAGAUAAAAGCAUUAAGGAAUUUUCAUUUAAAUGUUCUAAUGGAAAUCCAGGUUUGAUUACUGUGGUUAAGAAUCGUGGACAUAACGAUCAUAACUUUGCAAACAGCAAUGAUUGUGUCAUGAUUCCGAGAUCUAGAUGGGAAACAAUGGUUAGCUGCAUAAAACAAUUGGAGGAAUUUUCGUUAUCUAGCAAUGGAAUGGAACGAGAGCAUAUCAACAACAACAACAACAAUAAUAAUAAGAUAGGACAACAGAAAGUGAAAUAUCAUGAUACAAUUAUUGAUAUACCUGAAUCUAAUUCGAAAGUUUAUGAUUUUUUUUCUAAAAUUGAAACAGUUUCAGAAUUAGAAGAAGUUAUGAAUGGAUAUUUGAAGUGGAAAGAAGUUGAACAAAGAGACAAUGUUUGUGAUCAAGAAAUUAACAACAAGAAUGAAGUUGUAGGACAUCCAUCUGUUAGAUCGGACAUAUCAAGUAAACCUGGCACUGAUGAUCUGGUGAACGAAAAUCAAGUUGUAUUAGCAGUUGAAAUAACUAAAUCAGACUAUCUUAUUGAAUUCAAUGUUAUCCAUGAAGGAGAAAAAGAUCUACCUAGUGAUUUAAGACUAGCAUAUCAUGAUGAGAGCAUAAAAAUCAAUGAUCUACCAUUAGGUAAACAUCCUUUGAAAGCUGGUCGGAAUAAAACAAUCAAAUGCAAUACAUUCAAUCUUUUAAAUACCACAACAGGAGGGGUUACCAGUUCCAAUAACCAUACCACAAGACAGAACUACAUAUAUAUAUAUGACCCAUCGGAUGACAGCGUACAAUACAUUGCAAAUAUUGCAACUCCACAGACCAAAGUAUAUUUAGAGAAAGCACCAAUGUUGUCAGCUCACAAUUUACAAAAAUACGAAAUGCUAUCAUCGCCAUCAUUAUUAAAAGAACAGAACAAUAAUACUCAAUCAAAAAGCGAAGAUGAUAAUGAUAUUAUCAGUACCACCGUCACCAACACAACGUUAUCGCAUAAUCCUCGCAAUACUAAAAGCACUAAUUCACGUAGAAUAUCAGAUUGGGAAGACUAUGAAUUAUUAAGUGACAGUGAUAUUUAG